GGACACCUGGGACGAGAUGACGGCGGGCAAGACCGCCUUCAUCAAGUUCCUGGCGCCGUGGUGAGGACACUGCAAGAGGAUGAAGCCCGACUGGGACAAGCUGAUGGCCGAGUAUAAGGGCUCGAGCAACAUCAUAGUGGCCGACGUGGACUGCACCGCCGCGGGCAAGCCCCUGUGCGGGAAGCACGGGGUGAGGGGCUACCCCACGAUCUUGCACGGGGACCCUUCGACCCCCGAGGGCAUGACAAAAUACACGGGCCAGCGCAGCUACGCCGCGCUCAGCACCUUCGCGGCGGGCCUCAAGCCUCAGUGUGGCCCGACGAACGUCGCCGGGUGCAAGGGGGAGGAGAAGGAGUUCCUGGAGUCCAUCAUGGGCCUCUCCAGCGAGGCUCUCAAGAGCAGGGGCGACGAGCUGCAGGUCGCGGUGGAGAUGGCGGAGAAGGCCGUGGAGGCCGCGAUCGCGGAGUUCGAGGGCCUCCGGACGCAGGAGAAGCUCCUCAAGCUCGUUGCCAAGAUGCCAGGGAAGGAGGA